ACUUAAAUAAAAAAGAAAAUGGCGGACGAAGCACGUUUCAGCUAAAUUUCUCAUUUAAAAAUUUCUGUCCUUAUAAAAUGGAAGACAACUUUUCUUUAUCCAUUGAGCUGCAGUGCUUUGUUCAUGAUCAACAAAAGAGAGUUUCAAGUGCGACAAAUGUCGAAGAUAUCCAAGAAACACUGGCUGUAAUACACGAAGUCUUCUCUCAAGGUUCUUUGCCUUCUUUUAGUUCUCUAGACGAAAAGAAGUUUUUGAAAGAAGAAUUCUCCAGGAAGCAUUACGUAGGAUUCGCAGAUAUUUUACUCCGUGAGCCUGUGAUCAAUUUUCUUCCAAAUCUUGAUGAAGAACAUAAGAAUAAGUUGGAUUCUUUCUUCCUACAAGGUCCUGCUUCGGAAUGCUUUCCAGUUCUUGUUGGCGCCAUGUCACAGUCUUCAAAGACAAAUAACAUUAAAACUAUCAUUUCUCUGCUUGAGAAAUUCGUCGAAGAGAAAAGAUUUGUGGAUAUAUUUGUUCAGAAAUCCAUGAAUUUGAACCAGGUUGACACAGAUUUUACUUUGAAGCAAAGGAAUUUUAGUGAAAAACAAUUAGUGACACUUAUUGUUUCAUUGCCAGAGAGAGUUGCCAACAAACUCAGGUCAAAAAUGAACUCGAUCUUCUAUCCAGACAAAUAUUUUGUAAAGGUAGCUGAACAGAUCUUAGAGGCAAUGGAAAAUCUUCAUUCAAGGUUGGCCAGUAACGUCAAGGAAGUUUCGUUCUUAUUUCUGAGUGAAGUUGUUGGUAGACUGUGCAUGUCUGGCUAUGGGAAGAGCAUUGUGGGUGUUCUUCUGCCAUCCUUUGAAAAAUGGACCAUGACGAGCCCUCUGUGGUCCCACAUUUGUCAAAAAUUAAUCGCAGAAAUUCCAGAUCAUGUUAUUGAGCCUGUCAUAGAGAAUCUCCUCAAGGAGGCCAAAAACCCUGGCAUUGUUGGAAAACUUCUUGGUGACAGUAUCUUGACAAAUUCAAGACUUGAAUUCCUGUUCACUACAAAGUUCUUGUUGUUGAGAUAUUACUCUAAUGUCAAAGUCUUAAUUAAUAUUAUAGGGUACCUCUCAGGCUGCAAGAGAAGACAUUUGUUAAUUGCAGCACUGUGUGCUUUGUUCGAUAGUUGGAGUAGUAACAGUGCUAUCACACAUACUCCCUAUAAUCAACAUGUCUAUAUCAGUUGUUGUAUACUUCAUAUAACUGGUUACCUCAGCAACGACGAGCGGCAAACUCAUAAACAUGAGCUACUGAAGAAGCUUCUUAUUGGGGUUCAAAACCAUCUUGAAAGCCCUGAACACAAAGUACGAAGACUUGGAAUGAUUGUUGCUGAGUGUGCUACUGCAGCAUUGGAACCUAAUACAGAAAGAUUAUCCUUUGAGUAUGAAGAAGAUGAUGAGAGUAAACUUCUUAAGGAUUUAUCCAAGGGGUUAAAAGCUGAGGUAAUGCAAAAGACAGAUGGUUUAAAGUCUAGAAAGACGAAGAUGUUUGAGAGCAAGGUGUCGCUGGAGAAAUCUCAAGAGUCUGAGCUUGCUGAUGUGAUAAAAGGCAGAGUUGGAAAAGAAAAUGAUGAUGAUGAGGAUGAUGAUCUUAAGCCUUAUAACAUUGAUGAAGAAGACACUGAAACCCAACGACCUCUUAGACACCUAAGAGAUUGCAUGGAAGCAUUGCUUGAUAACAACAGUGACAACAUGGAGAAGUUUGAAUCUGCUUUGAAAAGUUUAGAAAAGAUUGUCUGUGCUCUACCUGGAGAUCUGGACGAAGUUUGUGUUGAACUGAUGAAGAUUCUUCUUCAUCUUCAAGAUCAUUUCUCUACGGAUAAUUUUCAGGAGAUGAGAUUCAAGGCAAUGACAGCAAUUACAGUGCGAUGUCCAGUUCCAGUAGCUAAAUUCCUGACUGAUGAAUUUUACGCUGCUAACUAUAGCAUAAUUCAGCGUUUGGACAUCCUGGAUGUUCUUACUGCUAGUGCACAAGAGCUCUCCCAACCAGUGGAACUUAAACAAGAUAAACCAGGUUCGAAGAAGUUCUUGCCUCCAGGAUAUAACAAUCAAAUGAAUGUUGAAAGUAUUCCAGAAUGGCAAAGAGUUGUUCAAGAGAGAAUUGAAAAGAAAACAAAACGAUUUACCAAAGGGCCUUCAAAAGAACAACCAAAGCCAGUUGCAAAUAGAUUUUCUCAAGUUGCAGGUCACUUUUUAUUCCCUUUGAUGACAAAUUAUGAUCACAAACAAAGCACUUUAGACUUGCUAGGGGAUGACUGUUUUGUUCUCGGCAGACUUAUUUACACUCUUGGUGUUAUCAUCCAUUCUGCUAGAGGUACUCCAAUGGUUUGUACUAUGGGCUCAGCCAUGAUUGAGUUUACCUGGGCUCUGCGAUACCACCAAGAGCCUGUUGUACGACAAGUACUCGUCUUUGCUCUCGUCAUGGUCUUUACGAGUGUUCCAAUAAAUUUACUAUUCAGCGAGCGUGGAGCAGAAUUGUUUGAGGUACACAACUGGUUGAAAGAUUUGAUGGAGAGAGAUGAUAAUGCUGAUGUCAAGAGAACUGCAAUACAAGCCUUGAUGGUGCUGGAAGAUGCAUUCAAGAGGGAAGUCAUGCCACAGGGAAAAUCCUGACUGCUUGAAAAAUAGUGCAGUAAAGAUACUGUCAAAAUUGUCCUAGUAAA